AUGAAUCGUUCCGGUGUUUCUUUGAAUUCUGAACAGAAAAUGAAAUUAAUUGAAGCUAUACAUGAACGUCCACAAAUUUGGGACAGUUCUUACGAAGGUUUUCGAAGCAAUCCGACACGUCAGGGUGCAUUCAAUGAAGUUGCUGAAUUGCUUUCUGAGGGCGGAACGGAAAUUUUUACAAGAAUUCAAGUGCAAGAAGAGUGGGGGAAACUUCGUUAUUGUUUUACUCGAAUAGUCAAAAAACUUUAUGAUGAAGGAUAUAUUAGCCCAAACGGGACUGUUUUACAAUUAAAUCCGGACCAUCAAUUAAUUACUUGGCCAUAUUGGCAGCCUAUGAAUUUUUUGUUGGAAGGAGUGGCUUUGCAAUUGUGUAGUACUCGAGGGGGAGGGGGUGGAGGAAGUAAUUAUGGGGGAGAUGAUGGAGUUGGAGAUGUUAACAAUAAAGGGAAUACACGUCAAAAUAGGUGUUUUUUAAUUGUUUUUGAAUUGAAAUUAGACAGUCGGGUUUCAUUUAAAUAA